GGUCUUACUAAGUUGCCCAGGCUGGCCUCAAACUUGUGAUCCUGCUGCCUCAGCUUCCCAGAGUUGCUGGAAUUAACAGGCGUGUACAACUGUGACUGGCAAUAGUGGUCGAAUUUUAACCCUCAAAAGCCUCGGGGAAAUCUAUCAUUCCCUGUACAGUCACUACCAAGGAAGUCCUUGAGUCAAAAACGCACCUGAGUCGGAGAUCCUACCUUUCUUCCACUCUGCCUGAGUGCCUGACUCGGUAGACUCAUCCACUCAUUGUCAUCUCACCAAAAAACAGGUGUGUGACGCAUUCCCAGACCCUCCAUCCAAGUCAGCAUCAGCUACUUCUGUGACUGGGUCCAGAUUAAGGUCCUCCCAAGACAGACUUCAUUAGAUCCACGCUUAAGAGGAAUCUGCCAGGUUUUUCUACCUCCUCUGCAGCACUGUAAAGUGUCAAGGCCUGAAGACUUGGGUACGUGUAUUACAACUGCAAGGUUGCCAGCACCAACUACGCAGAGUAAGCCUCGUAUCUGUGUGACGCCACCACUGGCUGAUAACGCACAAGAAAAAAUAACUAAUUGAGACUAGAGCCCUCUCUUUUCUUGUGAAGCUGGGAUUUGAAGGAGUUGUUCUGAGAUCUGCACUGCUAGUAGGUGACUGAUAACAUCAUAGUCUGCAUCGGUCCCUGAGGUCAGAGAUUGAGCUGCAACUGAGUGAACACCAGACAACGAAAUCUUGAAGAAUUGCACUGAGGUGCAAGCCACAUUGAACCUUCUGCAAGUAAUGCUGGUUGAACUGAGAAAUUGCUAAACAAACCUGUAACGGGACUGCUUUUUUGGGUGUCUCUCUGUCAAUUUGCCUCUUGCUGUUACAUUGCUUCUUGUGUUGUCUUUUGAAGUCCAGAUGUUCUCCGAUAAUUCACAUUGCCCUGAUUGUGGGCAGCAGUGGUUCCCUAGUUUAGAACUAGGCCAUUGGUUGUACCAAACCGAACUUGUUGAAAAUGAAUGCUACCAAGUAUUCUUAGACCGUAUUAACAGAGCUGAUUAUUGCCCAGAAUGCUAUCCUGAUAAUCCUGCUAAUAGAAGCCUUGUUCUUCCUUGGUCUUUCCCACUUGAGUGGGCUCCCCAAAAUCUUACCAGGUGGACCUUUGAAAAAGCUUGCCAUCCAUUUCUUCUGGGUCCUCCACUGGUUAGAAAAAGAAUACAUGACUCCAGAGUAGCUGGUUUUAACCCUGCAUUACAGUUAAUCUUGACCAGAACAGAUAAAACCUUAAACAAAAAACUUGGCCAAAAUAAAUAACUUCAAUAAUAGAAAAAAUCAUGGAGACUGUAGAGGGUUUUGUGCUAGUAGCCCAAGGAAGAUGGAAAUAUAAUUCUUUUUUCUUUUUCCUUUUUUUUUUUUU